AUGAUACUAAAGCACGCAUUGAAGUUUCCAAACUUACAACGUGCUGUGUAUUCCACUUGCUCGAUUCAUGAAGAAGAAAAUGAGCAAGUUGUAGAUGAAGUUUUGCUUGACACCUAUGUGCGUAGACAUUUUCGUCUUGCACCGUCAGUACUUCCAAGUUGGACACAUCGUGGUUUAGAUUCAUACGACUUUGGAAGAGACUGUUUGAGAGCUGAACCAACAAAAACAUUGACAAACGGCUUCUUUGUGGCAGUAUUUGAAAGAUUUGCAACAGUUGGCUCUGUGGCUGAUGAACGCAAAACUAAAAAAGAGAAAAAAACGCGCACUAAACCUGAUGAGAUCAUUAAUGCUAAAGAGAUACAAGUGACUGGAAAGCGAAAAAUUUUCCACGAUGAAGAUGAUGGCAGCGAUUCUGCGAAAGUGGAAAAAAAGAGAAAAAUAAAUCUUGAACAUACACACCCUUCUUUAAAAGUACUGAGAACCAGUAAACAUUAG